CACCCCGCACCCCCUCCUCUGCUUCCGACAAAAGCCACACCGCUUUUUCUCUCCCUUUCAAGUUUUCAAAGCUCGAAAAACCCUAAUAAUUAAUUCCAUUUGUUCAAUUAUAUUGAUAAAAGCCCUGAUUUUAUAGAAAAAUCGAGACUUUACUUUGUUUGUUGUAUCGGUGAUAGAAAGAUACAGUUUUUGUUUAUUCAUUUUUGCUGGGUUCUUGGAGAUGUCUGAGAAAUUCUCGCCAACGCUACGGAUUGGGGAUCUCAGCGAUUUCAUAGCGCCCUCACAGGCAUGCGUCGUUUCUCUCAAGGGACUCAAAACAACCUCAAAGAAGCCUGAUAAGGUCGAGGUUUCAACUGUUAACAAACAGCAAACCGACCCUGUUAAAAUUUCACUGAAGGACUGCUUAGCAUGCAGUGGAUGCAUAACAUCCGCAGAGACAGUUAUGCUUGAGAGGCAGAGUUUGGAUGAGUUCCUUUCAAAUCUUAACAAUGGAAAGGCUGUAAUCGUCUCGCUUUCUCCGCAAUCCAGAGCCUCUCUUGCGGCAUAUUUUGGCAUCUCUCCACUUCAGGUGUUUAAGAAGCUAACGACAUUCCUAAAGUCCCUGGGAGUAAAGGCCGUCUUUGAUACAAGUUGUAGUAGAGAUAUAUCACUUAUCGAAGCUUGUAAUGAGUUCAUAAACCGAUACCAGCAAAGUCAAGUAGUUGAUGAUGAUAGAAGUAAAUCAUCUCUGCCCAUGCUUGCAUCAGCAUGUCCAGGGUGGAUAUGUUAUGCUGAAAAACAACUUGGUUCCUAUAUUCUCCCUUAUAUAUCUUCUGUAAAAAGCCCUCAGCAAACUAUGGGAGCUACCAUUAAGCAUCAUAUAUGCAAAAAAUUGCAGCUCAGGCCAGACGAGAUUUACCAUGUAACUGUGAUGCCCUGUUAUGAUAAGAAGCUCGAGGCUUCUAGGGAUGAUUUUGUUACUGAAGUGGAAUCUCAUGGAGGUCUUAGGGUUGUGGAGGUAGAUUCAGUAUUGACAUCUGGAGAAAUUUUAGAUUUGAUACAGCUAAAAACAGUGGAUUUUAAGGCAGUAGAAGAGUCUUCUGUUGACAGAAUGUUGACAAAUGUAACUGAGGAAGGACAUCUAUAUGGGGUCUCUGGAAGCUCUGGAGGCUAUGCGGAGACUAUUUUCCGUUAUGCUGCUAAAGUACUCUUUGGGAUGGAUAUCAAGGGCCCUUUAAACUUCAAAAUUAUAAGAAAUUCAGAUUUUCAAGAGGUCUCUUUAGAGGUGGAGGAGAGAACUAUGUUAAGAUUUGCAAUGUGUUAUGGCUUCCGGAACCUGCAGAACAUUGUCAGGAAGAUUAAAAUGCAGAAGUGUGAAUAUCAUUUCGUGGAGGUUAUGGCAUGCCCAUCAGGCUGCUUAAAUGGUGGGGGUCAAAUCAAGCCGAAGCCUGGGCAGACUCCAAAAGAUCUGAUUCAGGCAUUAGAAACUAUUUAUAUGGAAAAUGUUUUGGCAGCUGAUCCUUCGAAGAAUCCCAUUGUCAAAGGCUUAUAUGAUGAGUGGCUUGAGCAUCCUGGAUCAGAGAAAGCCAAAAAGUACAUGCAUACAGAGUACCAUCCUAUUGUUAAAAGCAUUACUUCUCAGUUGCAUAACUGGUGAAUACUCUUAUGAUGCCAACUGCCGCGAGACAUUAGAACUUCAUUUUGAAAGAGGGCAUUUUAUAUGGAUCUUAUCAUCACAUCGCCGUGUAUCCAUCGUGUACUUGUGGUGGGAUUCGUUCAGAGAAAGAACCAAUUUUGAUAGGGUAUACGAAGUGUUUUACUAUUUUGCGUUUUCGAGUUUGUGUAGAUAGUCCUUGAUAUUAAUUAGGACCUCGUUAGAUAGAACAAAGAAUCAGUUCCUUGGUUUGGUGGGUGUAACAGCAACUCCAAAUAAAUCCACCAUUACUUGUAAAUGCCAUUUUUUUUUGUUCAAUUCCUAUUCAUCCUUGUAAUAGUAUAACAACGUUACGGCACAAGUAUGGCGGUGUACAAUUUUGAACGGAUUUUUGACAGGUAAUAUUGAUCACUUGACAUGUGCAUCAUUUCUUA